AUCGUAUCUGAUAAUUUAAAGUUUGUAAUCCGAGAUCCUUCACAAUUUUAUGCCUUGAAUAUAUAAUCAACACAAAUUCUGCCUGCAAUUAAGUUGUAUAUGUUUUAACAGUUUUAAUGACGAUGAUCAUGAUAGUUGUUAGAGACCUUUUAAAGCCUGCCCCCUGCUGCCACUUAGGGCUCUUCAGAAGUCAUUCGAUGGAAUCUCAUUCAAUAGACAGUAUACCGACACACUUCUUUUGUUUGUAAAGUUUGGCACAAACUUCGAUUAUUGUUGUUCAACAAACCUGAGUCAAUGUUUUUGUGGUGUAUUCUUUCAUCCCCAGCGCCGAUCAAUACCCAUUUUCUUUAGAGACGUGGAGUAACGAGGUUGUGGCUUUCGGGUUAACCUUUUGUACGGUAGGGGUCCCAGACGCCCGUUGCUAAGGGACGCCGAAACUGUCUUUAUGCUUGAAAUCCGAUACCAUACAGUAUUCAUGCGAGAACAUUGAAUGCACAGAGAAGAGGACUAUUGACUGACAACGCAAGCAUAAUAAUCUUACUACAUGUGCUAAGAAGUAAACAUAAUAUUGAAUGUUGAGUUUACAAGAGGUUUUGAAGAGAUAUACCUAUGAUUUCUACUCAUUCUAACCGUGUAUCGACAUGGGAAACUUCUGGUGCUAUGGAUAGACUUUUGGUUCACACUGUUCCAUCGAGUCUACCAGAGAUAUGGAGUCCGGGUGGAACAGGUAUUCACCGGGCCAUCUUGGGUGGCAGGCUCCACCAAGUUAGAUUGCUCAUCUCUAUGAAAGCUCACGUGGAUAAACGGGAUUCAGCUGGUUAUACCCCUCUUAUGGUGGCGGCGAUGCUAUCACCAGAUGAUCAUGGUGUGAAGUGUAUCAAAGUUUUGCUGAAGGCAGGAGCGGAAUUGAACAUGUUGGAUUUCAUGGGACGGUCUGCGCUUGGUCUAGCUUGCCUUCAUGGUAGGGAGAAGGCAGUGGAAGUCUUUCUCUUAGAGGAUAAACUCGAGAAAAACAUGCCAGAUAAAAAUGGUGAUACCCCAUUAAACCUUGCCGCAUCCCAAGGGUUCACCAAGAUUGUCAAGAUGCUCGUGUCAUCGUUCAAGAAAGAUGGCAUCUCAGUUGACAAAAGAAAUAAACAAGGAUGUACUGCUCUUCUUUUAGCUACUAAACUUGGCCACUAUGAAUGUGCCAGAAUCUUGCUCGAGGAAGGAAAGGCAUCGGUGAGUUCCAGGGACAACGAUUACUUUAUGAACUCUACAGAAUGGGCUAAAUUUAGCAAGCAGAAACUGGUGGAUGAAAUAAAGACCAGGUCAUCCAUGUUUGUAAAUGAUCCGCGGAUGAAGUCUGCUGAUCUGCGCUCCGAGUCGGUUCCGCCGCCGGCGACGUCGUCAUCAUGCCGAACGGUUCGACGUUUUAUCCCACCGUUUCACAGCUUCAACAAAGAGAUACAAAUGAUUGGACAGUUACGUCGGCAACAGGAGCAGCUUACACAACUCAUCUUUGCUUUCCAGGAACGUGAUAAGGAUCGUCAUAGCGAAUCUGGUAGCCGCUGUGGUAAACGUAGAAAGGAUAGCCGCGUUUCAAGCGCAGCUUCAGCGGCGACUGACCGCCUUGAUCCUCGUAACGUUCAGGAACGGGACUGCCCCAACACUCCCCUUGAUCUUGGGAUUUUAUUUAGACUUUACACUGAACAACAGAAAAGUAGACCGUCUCAAGCUGCCAACCGACAUCUUCUUUUUGGGUCGGUUCCGUCGAUGUUAGAACCGUCUGAUGCACAUACAAAUGUAACUGGUAGACCAGUUCCAGUACGACGUCAUAAUACAUCGGGUGUUGGGGCAAACAACGCGAACUCAUCAAACAUGAAACGGAGACCUACGAUCACCAGCGUAUCAUAAAAAUUAACUCCCUUCGUUUUUGUUCGAAUUAUUUGAGACAGAAAGGUUAUGGUGAAAAUGUGAAAUGUAGCAUAGUUUAUAUUUACAUUACGGUGCUCAUACGAUCCAAAUGUUCUCUUACUUUUGCAUCUAAAUCAUGCAGAAUGUAAAACGAGCAUCGUAUACUCAAAUUAUUCCAUAGCUUGCUUUAUCUUAUCCAUGAAAAUGUGAAGGUUUGGGAUGUGCUGGUGGCAUUAAUUCCAAGGAUAAUUAGUUGUGACAACAGUCUAUUGAACAUGUUCGAAAAUGCGUUUCCUAUAAUACAAGAUUUGCUUUAAUGUUCUCGAAUGGAAGAUGAACCGAAUUGCCUAACCUGGUGACAUACAGCAAUCAGUUUUGAUUUAUAUGAUAUUCCUAUUCGAUGGGGUAUAGAGGGUGCAUAUUAUAGGCUCCAAUUAGUUUCUUAUAAUUCACAUUUUCAAAUAACCCAGUCUCAGCUGGAAUUUCUCUAGAAAAAGCAAAGAAGUCCCUAAAUUAUGGCAAUAGCUCUCGAACUUGAUUAUGUCAUAUGUUGGCAGCUCCUAAUACCAAGCAAUAUGAAAUCCAUUGAGUUUCCUUUUCUAAAGAAACUGAAAACAAAAACAUUCUGCGUUUAUCAGACACAUUAUUUCAUCACUUUUCUAUAAAAGAAGUGUGUACAUUCGAUACUUACUAUUAAAGAAAACUACAUAUGAAAUUUAUAUUGCAUGGGAACAGGGAACUGUUUUAUUAUUGAUAUUAUUACUAUUAUUAAGAUGAUGAUUGGUAGUAGUGGUAGUAGUAGUAGUAGAAGUAGUUGAAGA